AUGACUAGCCAAAGCGUUGUCCGACAGCAGCUUUAUUCAUACCGCUAUUAUAUCAGCAUCGCUGCAGCCGUAUCACUUGUAUGCCAGCAAAUUUAUCGACGCGUAUUUCGUGUUCCAAGAGAACUACGACACAUUCCAGCAGUUCCGUUCUGGCGGUUGAUGGUUUCCAUGUUCAAAGAAGAGCACUUGACAGAACGAACCAAUAAGCUUAUAUAUCCGUUGCUGCCAAAAGCAAAUGGUAUAUACAUUAAUCGGAUACCUGUGGAUUGGACUAUCUAUGUUGCGAGUCCUGUUCUUGCAAAGUCCGUUUUGUAUAAGCCAGGAAGGGUCAACAUUCUCACUGUAAAUGGUGAGCAAUGGAAAGAGCAGCGCAAGAUUAUGAACCCGGCCUUCCAUCGUUCUAUGCCUGUCGGUAUAUUCGGAAGCUUGUUGCCUAAAGCUUUUAGUUUUAUUGAUGAAGCGGAAUCCAAGAAAGACCAUAUCAUCCUGGUAAAGCUUACACAGAGAUUGACGCUAGAAUCUCUGGGCAAAGCUGUUUUUGAUUUCGAAUUUGGGGCGUUGGAUAAAGAGGACUCUGAAUGGUUGAUUGUUUUCAACCAAGUUUUGGAAGCAUUUGUUGAAGAUAUCAAUUUCUUCUUCCCUCAAGUGAACGCGCUUCUUCGAUGGAUGAGCCGCUCUCGUCGAGAAAAAUACAAUGCCGUGCACAAAUUUGUAAAUCUACUCGAUAGAAUGAUAGAGCAAAAAAGAUAUGCUUUGAUAAAUAAGAAGGAGCCGGACAAUAUCACCGACAACGAAAAGGAUCUGCUUAGGUUGAUGCUGGAAGCUGAGUUGCGUGGUGAGGGUACUUUCACUACAGAAGAAUUACGACAUAAUAUGGGAUUCUUCUUCUUGGCUGGUCAUGAUUCGAUUAGCAAUGCGUUAGCUCUUGCCAUAUACAACAUGGCCAUCAACAGAGAUAUUCAAACAAAGGCUCGAGAAGAAAUCAUUGGUAUUCUUGGCGACAAACAUGAUGAUGUGUUGCCAACGAUAGAAGAAUGUAAGCGGCUUCCGUAUUUGGAUAUGAUCAUUAAAGAAACUUUGCGAAUCUAUCCUGCAGUAACCGAUUUGUUGGCAAGAACUCCAGCCAACGAUGUGAAUCUAGGUGGAGUCUUAAUUCCAAAGGGCUCCAUGAUUUCAAUUGAUGUCCACGCUUUGCAUCACCACCCGGAUCUAUGGAAAAGCCCUGAGCAGUUUAUCCCCGAGCGAUUUGCAGAGGGUGGCGAAUAUAGCAAACAUGAGGGAGUAUCCUGGCUACCUUUUGGCAAUGGCUCAAGACAGUGUAUUGGAAUCAACUUUACUAUGAUGGAAUUGCGUGUCGCUUUAGCAAUGUUUCUGAGGAAGUACGAGUGGGAAUUGCCAACUGAGUCACCUCAUUUGAAUGGACUUGUAUUCGACCAAAUUUUUAACCUUGCUCCAUCAAAUAUGGAGAUGAAGUUCAACAGACGAUAUUAG